AUUUCUGCGUGUGGUAACACUGCUGUCAUCAAACUGGAGGGAAAUGGGCGGAUAGUAUUGAAGUAAUAGUUUAUAUUGUAAGCGUGGAAAAAGAAUUAAUUGUGCCAAAAUGCCUUCUGAAAUGAUCACAUUGCAAUUGGGACAAUGUGGAAAUCAAAUUGGUUUUGAAUUCUGGAAACGCCUUUGUGCUGAACAUGGUAUUAGCCCCGAAGGAAUUCUAGAACCCUUUGCUACUGAAGGAAACGAUAGGAAAGAUGUUUUCUUCUACCAGGCCGAUGAUGAGCAUUACAUUCCACGUGCAGUGUUACUGGAUUUGGAGCCAAGGGUCAUUCAUACAAUAAUGAAUUCUCCAUAUGCAAAGUUAUACAAUCCAGAGAACAUUUACUUAUCAAAGCAUGGAGGAGGUGCAGGGAAUAACUGGGCAUCAGGGUACAGUCAAGGAGACAAAUUACAGGAGGAAAUAUUUGAUAUAAUUGACAGAGAAGCUGAUGGAAGUGACAGUUUGGAGGGUUUUGUCUUGUGUCAUUCCAUAGCUGGAGGAACUGGCUCUGGAAUGGGCUCCAACCUGCUGGAAAAAUUAACAGAUCGUUACCCAAAGAAACUUAUACAAACAUAUAGUGUGUUUCCAAACCAAGAUGAAAUCAGUGAUGUGGUGGUUCAGCCGUACAACUCGCUGUUGACACUGAAAAGACUGACUCAGAAUGCAGACUGUGUUGUUGUGUUGGACAACACAGCUCUUAACCGCAUUGCUACUGACAGAUUGCAUAUACAGAAUCCCUCAUUUGCACAGAUUAACACACUCGUUUCAACCAUCAUGUCUGUUUCUACUACAACACUCAGGUAUCCAUCCUACAUGAACAACGAUCUUAUUGGCCUCAUAGCUCCAUUAAUUCCAACACCACGUCUUCAUUUUCUGAUGACAGGCUAUACACCACUUACAACAGACCAAGAGGCAGCAUCUGUUAGGAAAACUACUGUAUUAGAUGUUAUGAGGCGUCUUCUUCAACCAAAAAACAUGAUGGUAUCAACUGUCCAUGACCGUACUUCAGCACAUUGCUACAUCUCUAUACUGAAUAUCAUACAGGGAGAAGUAGAUCCAACCCAAGUACAUAAGUCCCUACAACGUAUCAGAGAGCGAAAGUUGGCAAAUUUCAUUCCAUGGGGCCCUGCGAGUAUACAGGUUGCUCUUUCCAGGAAGUCUCCUUAUAUUCAAAGUGCACAUCGUGUGUCUGGUCUCAUGUUAGCCAACCACACAAAUAUUUCAUCACUAUUUGAACGAGCCCUGCAGCAAUACGACAAACUUCGCAAGCGUGAAGCGUUCUUGGAGCAAUUUCGCAAGGAACCAAUGUUCCAGGACUCGCUGGAAGAGUUAGAUCUGUCUCGGCAAACUGUACAGGAUCUAGUUGAAGAAUAUAAGGCGGCAACACGCCCUGACUACUUGACUUGGGGAGCUUCAUCAGAAUAAUUGAAAAUUAAUGAAUAUGUGCAUUACAUUUAAGCAUUAUUAAAUAAAAAGCUUAAAUGUGAUGCACUCAACUUUGUGUAUAUUAUUUGUACAUAAGCCAUACUGUACUGAAGGAAGUCCAUACUGUAUCAAAGAAAGUAAAAUGUUCAAAUGUUAUGGUAACAUAGUUCACAUUAGUUUCUUGUGCUCUGUUACUGGUUUUGAAAGAAACAGACUUGUAUUAUUUUUACCUAUCAUAGGGCACUAUUGUGUUGUUCGUCUGUGAUUAGUGUCUAUUAAUUCACUGUGUGUGUGCAUGUGCACACGCAUGUGUAACAUUUAUUUUGUGCAUGUUUGUAAACUUUUUGACCAAUUAUUAGUUUGAGAAAGAACCCUUUUUAUGUUUUGUGGAAGUACAAUAGUACA